AGCGGUUUGUUUUGCUUUUCGACCCUUCAUUUUCAGAGUUGUGUUCGACAUUUGUUCUUUGCGUUUUUAAAGUUAGUCAACGUAAUAAAUACAAAAUGUAAGGAUGAUAUUUUGCUGCUUACUGUCAAUUUAAGGUUGAUUCUGCAGGUUUAAUCGAAGUUUUAUCUCACAUGGCAAAGCAGGGAGUAUCAAGACUAAAGGUGGUCUCAUCAGGCAGACUGACAGCUUCUGGACGUGGACAAACGCACAAGAAAAAGGUUGCUGGGACGUGUUUGUCUCCUCUUGAACCAGGAUAUUCACUUUAUUCUACAGACUCUGAAGACCAGGUGACAACAAUCCACAAGGGACUUGACCGAUGUGCUGCUUUACUCGAUGGGAUACUUCAAGCUGAACAAACUGAAUCCAAGCCCAAACCACAGGGAACAAAAACCUGCACCUUUAAGUCAAAACCCAAGAAUCUAUCAAGGAAAUUUGAGACCGACAACAAGAAAAAGCAUUGGAAUAAGACAAAGACGGCUAUACAUGCAAACAAAAGGCCAGCUCCAGUUCAGAAGAAGAUUCUAUCUGCCAAGUGUCAUGUAGGUUUGGCAGGGCAGCUGUGUAGUCGUAAUGAUCAGAUCUCUGGCAUCAGAAAGAAACAAGUGUCACAUGAUCAACCUUCAGGGCUGACCACAGAACACGGCCAGCAAAUCUCACUUCCACUGUCCAGCUCUCAGCCUGCUGCCAGCUGUAAUCAUCCAGGUCAGGUUCACACAUCUACUGUAUUUAACACUCGACUGACAACCUCCACACCUGCAAUGAGCCCCCAGAGACCAGGAUCAGCACCCACUGAACCUUGUACAUCAAAUUGUACAUUGAGCAGUGGUUGCCCAUCUGAAGAGUUUCAUCAGCUGAGGACAAUGAGUGCUGCCAUCCCAUCCUGCCCUCAUGGGUCUGUGGAAAUAUCUGGCAUUUCAAACAAGCAUGCUGCUACUUUCUCCAUGCCAUCAGCAGCUCAGCGACAGUCUCCAGUUGCAGUUUCUCCUGUUCAUAAUGAAUCCUGCACUCCAGUACCAGCCAGCCCAGUCAGCAGUGUUCAUGAGCUGGGGUCUGUGGAGCCAAGUGUCUCAUUGGCAUCUUCCGUUGGAUCCUUGAGCUGUUCCUCGUCGACGUUGAUCGAAACACAAAUGUCCAUCCAACCUCAGGCUCAGACCGAUCCUGAUGGAGCAGUACUGAUUGUUUGCAAUGGCCAGGGGAAUUUGAAAGAGGACAACGGUAGUGCAGAGGAUGAAAUGGAAAAGCAUGGGAAGGACAUUACUCCUGUCAGGGACAUCAGCUGUCAGACCAGCACUGAGACAUUAACAGCUCUGACUCACAAAACCAAAGCCAGUCCAGAGAAAACCGCACAGAAAGUCAUGACUGUUAAAUAUCUGCUGGGAGAGCUGAAGACUUUGGUUGCCAAUCAUGAUGGUGAUGCCGUGCGUCUGAUCUCCGAGGUGGAGCAGAACAUCUCACUUCUUCCUGUCAUGGUGGGCAGCACCAACAUCCAGGCUGAGAUUGCACUCGCCGUACAGCCACUCAGGAGCGAGAAUGUACAGCUGCGAAGGUUGUCUUGUAAUGUGGUGGGGAGAGAGGAGGAGGUUCUGGUUUUGUCUGUAGGUCUGUAG